CAGGCACAUGUAAACUAGCGAGCGGAGUGCCUCCAGAAGUAGUGUCAAAAUUCGGAACGCGAAAAACGUUGCGGGUUUCUUUCGUUCGGUGGUGAAAUUCGGAACAAAAGUGAAGCUUUUUGGGGCUCUGUGAAGAAUACGAUGAUGUGUUGGGGAUCUUUUAUAAAAAAGAACGAUUAAUUUUUGAUUGUGUUUCGCGAAAAUCCCAGUCAAUUUGUUCUCAGUGUUAUCAUUACCUUUUGGCACCAAGUUGCGCUCAACCUCUGACCGGACCAUCACACCACCACCACCACCAUGCCGCAGAACGAGUACAUUGAGCGUCACAUCAAGCUGCACGGCCGGCGGCUCGAUUAUGAGGAACGCAAGCGGAAACGCGAGGCCCGCGAGCCCAAGAAGCGCGCCGCCAUGGCCCGCAAGCUGCGCGGCAUCAAGGCCAAGCUGUUCCAGAAGGAACGACGCAACGAGAAGAUCCAGAUGAAGAAGAAGAUCCAAGCGCACGAGGAGAAGAAGGUCAAGAAGACCACCGAGAAGGUCGAGGACGGAGCGAUUCCGGCGUACCUGCUGGAUCGUGGAGUGCAGUCCAGCGCCAAGGUCCUGUCCAACAUGAUCAAACAGAAGCGGAAGGAGAAGGCCGGCAAGUGGGACGUGCCGAUUCCGAAGGUUCGCGCCCAGGCCGAUUCCGAGGUGUUUAAGGUGAUCCGCAGCGGUAAGACCAAGCGGAAAGCGUGGAAACGCAUGGUCACCAAGGUCACCUACGUCGGCGAAAACUUCACCCGCAAGCCGCCCAAGUUCGAGCGGUUUAUCCGGCCGAUGGCACUGCGCUUCAACAAGGCACACGUCACACAUCCGGAACUGAAGGCCACGUUCCACCUGCCGAUCAUCGGCGUCAAGAAGAACCCCUCGUCGCCCAUGUACACCAGCCUGGGCGUCAUCACCAAGGGUACUGUGAUCGAGGUGAACAUCUCCGAGCUGGGUCUGGUCACCCAGACCGGUAAGGUCGUCUGGGGCAAGUACGCCCAGGUGACGAACAAUCCGGAAAACGACGGAUGUAUUAACGCUGUGCUGUUAGUCUAAGUGACCUGAAUUUCUCGUUCUCGUUUUCAUCUUAAGUAUCUUUUUACGUUUAGUGUGUAAGGUUGCGUCGUUUAGUUAAGAAUGAAUGGAUGUGUGAAAAUAUAUAUCGCCAAGGACUGCAUUAAUUUGUAACAAA